CUGAACUUAGUAGAAAAAGAAAUGUUACAUUAUCUUGAUUCCUAAGCUAAUCCAAACGGGAAGCUAUUAAGCUAAUUAUCUAGAAGCUAAUUAUCAUGAGUACAGAAGUAGGCACAAGCCUGGGUGGAAAGUUGCAAGCCCAUUCUUUGGACAACUCCACUUAAUAGUCUAAUUUUACUGGGCCUCUGGGUCUAGUUUUUUUGUGGUAGGAACAAAAUCGGCCCAGAUAUUUGUUAUUUCUAUACUUCUCGAAAGUUCAUAUGUAAGUACAAAAUACAAUACAACAUAUAGAGGAUUUACACCAUACAAGAAAGAAAAGGCAAAAGUAAGGCCGGUGGCUAGAAGAAAGCCACAUAGCGAUGCUGCAUGAAAACGUGUCAACUCGCUUACUCCCAAAGUACUACGCGGCCAUGCACCGUCUUCCUCCCGAAACUUCCCCACAAGGAAAAAGUACUUUUUAACUUUGUAAUCUCCCAUUUUUAUCCGACCAAAAAACAGAAGAUCUUCCUUUUGUACGGCCCAGAACAGAGGAAGAAACACUCAGACAGCAGGGAGAGAAGAUGAUGAAUGUUGUUGGAUUGUGUUUGGUACUCACUUCGCUUGUAGUAUCAGGCGUUUUGUCACCUAACCCGCCAGCCUCGAAGAAGAAUGGCCUAGUCAAGGAAGAGCACAGAAUGAUUGUCGUCGAGUAUGACAAAGUCAUUGAGCACCAGCACGAUAAUCACAAGCCCAAGCUCACAAAACAACUGUCUGCCAUCUCAAGUUAUGGCAAGCCCAGCGUUCCCAGUUUCCCAACCUAUUGGGACAUGCGCACUGGUUCUCCUGCAGACCUAUUGUGCCAUGCACUUGGUGUCUGCACGUCUAAGUUUGAAAGUAAGUUUGACAGAGCCAAACACGGCCUUAAAUGGGCGAGGGAAAGCGUGGCAGAAAAAGCACAUGAAAUGAAAGAAUCCACCAAAGAGUCUUUGGGUAAAGCAAAGAAGCGCGUGGAAGAUUCAACCCAGUCUACCAAAGAAUGUGCAGAAGGGUUUGUUGGUAAGGCAAAGGAGAUAGUGGCACAAACCGCCCAUGAUGUCAAAGAAAGCGCUGGGGAUUCUUGGGAGAAAGCAAAAGAGAGCGUGGAACAGAAAGCCCACGACGCCAAAGAAAGUGCCAAACAGUUCUUGGAGAAAGAAAAAGAGGGAGCGACUCAGAAAGUCCAUGAUGUGAAAGAAAGCGCUGGGGAUUAUUGGGGGAAAGCAAAAGAGAGCGUUGAACAAAAGGCUCACGACGCCAGUGAAAGAACCAACCAGUUUUUGGAGAAAGAAAAAGAGGAAGCGACGCAGAAAGUCCAGGAUAUGAAAGAAAGUGCUGAAGAAGCUUGGCGUAAAGCAGAAAAGAGCGUGGAACAGAAAGCGCACGAGGCUCAAGAAAGUGCCAAACAGUUUUUGGAGGAAGAAAAGGAGAAAGCGAGCCAGAAAGUCCAUGAUGUCAAAGAAAGUACGAAAGAGUUCUUGCACAGAGCAGCACAGAAAGCCGAGGAUCUCAAAGAGAGCACCAAAAAACAGUUGGAUGUUGCAAAAGGCAGAGAGAGAAGCACUGAGACUGUUGCCAAGGCAAUAAGGCUUGACAUAGCAGCGAAUGCAACAAAUGCAAUCAUAUACGUCGUGAAGAAGACUAAAGAUGAAGCAAGCAGGCUCAUUGGCGGUGUUAGGUACUUGGGUUUUCGAGAGGUAUCGAGUUCAUUAAAUGUGGCAGUAAAUUUGCUGGGUUUCGCUACGGCUUAUGGGAUGUGCAUAUGGGUUACUUUUAUUUCGAGCUAUGUGUUACAUAUGGCGCUGCCUAGGCAGCAGUUGGGAGUCGUGCAGAGCAAGAUAUACCCGGUUUAUUUUCAGGCUUUGGCUGCCAGUAUUUCAGCGGCUUUGUUGGGGCAUUUGCUGUGUCUAGGAAAGAAAUGGAUGUCGAACAAGGCAGAGAUGUUACAGGGUUAUAAUCUAUUGGCUUCGCUCUUGAUGGUUUUCGCCAAUGCUGUGUUUUUAGAGCCUCGGGCCAGCAAGGUAAUGUUUGAGAGAAUGAGGUUGGAAAGGGAAGAAGGCAUAGAAAGCGAAAAGAGUGUCCCUGAACCUACAAGGCAGACUGAGAUUCCGCCAUUCGUAGAUCCUUCUGUACAAACCACGGCCACCAGAAGCACAGGAAGUACAGAAGAGGAGAGAGUGAUCAGGUUAAGGAUUGUUAGAUUGAAAGAGAGGCUCAAGAAAUUAAAUUCAUACUCGUCCUUGCUUAAUAUCUUGACCCUUAUGGCUCUUACGUGGCACUUGGUCUACCUUAGCCAACGCCUUAAUAUGACCUGUUGAGCAAGGACAUUUAGGCAGUAGAAUGGGAUUGUUAGUCAUGGUCUGUAAUUGAUGGUAGAGGUCUUGUAGGUUUUCUUGGUUUCAUAAACAUAUAGUUAAGAAUGCGGAUUUAGUUUUGAUAUGAUGUUAAUUUCACUGAAUGUUGUUUCAAAUGAUGACAGAAAUGUUGGACAUCCAUAGGCAAUGCUGCAAUGUAGA